AUGACUUGCUCUCACCUAUGGACCCCCUCACUCGAACCAAGAACCGUGGUUCACUCAUGGUACCGACAUGCAAUGAACGAAGCCGCUGCCUUGGAAAAAGAAGAAGAGGAGCUUAACGCAGAGCGUUGUAACUGGUCGAAAAGUUAUUGGAAAUUAAAAACAGAUGCAAACGCGCUCCUAUCCCCGGGGCUUAUAGGUUCAAGCACGGUGAAUACUCUGACGAAGAGCUCAUGGUGGGAGAUGCACCAGAAGAUGACUCAGAAUGCUCAUGGUUUCGAAGACGACGACGAUGAUGAUCCAGAUCUGCCUGCGCUCAUAUCGGAAUCAUCAAACACACCAGAAGAGUCAUUCUCGCCACCUGCGGAGACGAGUGUUACGUCACCAAUGGAGAGGCACGCCAACGAUAACACGGAAAGAACGAUUUCCUCUAUUUUACCAGCAAUGAGUGUUGAGACACGCAGUCGAAAUAACGAAAUGGGUGGAUCGGAAGAUUUUACACCAAGAAAUAAUGUAGGCGAACUGAAUUUAGUUUUGGGUGAUCAUUACGAUACAGAGGACAUGGAGGAAUUGGACAAUUUGCUUCCGAGCGAUUGA